UGGUCCCAAUCUGAGAAUUGAUUUACAAGGAACGGGAUUACUGUGCGAAGGUACAGUCCGUCUCCAAUUUAGCGGCGGAGAACGAACGGAUCGAUAAGCUCGCGGAGUUUCACGAAGGGUGGUAGAUGCCACUUGCAACCCCUUCGGACGAACGGUUCCCUGCAUCCCUGUUCCGGUUGAACGUUGACGGCCGAUAUUUCUUCGUCUCUGUUUUCGCGAUCUGCACAGUCGUGCCGCAUCCACCGCUGGUCGCGCACCUUCUUCUUCGCGGUCCCUUGCACCCUACCCGACAGACAGUUCUCUCUGGGAGAGAAUCCUUGUUCUAAAUGUGAUGGAAAAUUGGUUUUAAUGUUUGUCGCAGACGAAUUAAAGAAGAAGGAAACAUGAGAACAAAUAUACUAACUCAUUCUUGAGAUAAAGAAAUUAGUAAUUUAUUUAAAGUGAAGUGUCUUCGUUAGGCGAUAGGAUUUUCAUUUAUCACUGUAAUAUAUUAUUUAUUUACUGUUCGAGCACGCGUAUCGUUUUUUUUUUAAUCGUUACCCGUUUCUUUCUGAGUUUAAAUCAGUCAGUGUUCUUGAAGAGUUUUAUAAAUCAACAUGAUUUUUACUAAAUUCAAGUGCAAACCGGAUUUCAUAUAAUAUUUCAAGACAAUCGUUGCGAUAUUAAUUUAUUUCAUCGUGGAUAUUAAAAGCUGCCUAAGCGGAUGCGAUGGAAAAGUUUCACACUGGACUGAACAACAAUUUUCUGAUCGAGUGGGUGCGACAGUUGUGCGCGAAAAAAUGUGCGAGAACUUUUCCACCGAAAAAGUCGGAAUAAUUCAGGGAUCGUCCCCUACUUGAGAAAGUUCGACGUCCAUCACUUUAUAACACAAGAACGAUCAAGCAACCGUGACCUAGAAAAGUGCGACAUAUGCGGGACUAACACGCUCAUUAAAUCGAAGUUCUUUAUUAACGAAGAAGAAAGAAAAAAAGAAAGAAAGGAAGUUGCGUCGAAUCUAAGGUUCUGUUAAAAAACAAUUUAAUAUCAAAGUUCCAUUAAAUCUUCUUACAAAUCGACUAAAGUACACGUGGCGUUGUACACAAUGAUUAGAAUUUUAAUUAAACCGUUGAGAUGGGUUGGCGCGAUAGAGUGCUAUAUUUGCGUAUGAAAAUGCAUAAAAAGCACGUGGAUAUUAAGCGGCAUAUGUAGAGGAGAACCGGCUUGAAUCAUAUUUGCCAAGCGAGACUUACAGCAAUUAGCAGCGGCCAGAUCGUCGAUCAUGAAUCGAUCUGUCCGCCACGGUUAGGCCUCAUCAGCCUUAAUCUGUUAAAAGGGUGGCCAGAGGAUCGCCGCGACUGAACAUCAGCGAGUGAGAGGGACAAAGAUUUCCAACGCGAUUGUAUUUUUAAGAGGAACAGCGUGAUAAUCAAAAGUUUACGAAGACAUAACGUCGAAUGAAUUACUUUUAUCCAGCGGAAAAUGAAUUACGAAGAUAAAGAAAGUUAACGACACCCUCAUACCAAUAUUUAUUUUUCCAAUCUAAUUACCAUAGACAGAAGUGUAAUGAACACAUCGAAAAUGUUCCUAAAUCGUACAUGGACUUGAUCAACUGAAUUUAAACGCCAGAGGGAUACGAAAGUUUGAAUGAAAGGAAUCCUGCCAGGAUUUAAUUUCAAUAGCCAAUAACCAGUAUCGUAGAUAAUGGUCCAAGAGAUGGAGGGUACUUGGCGUGAAGUGUCCAAGAAUUUAACGAACACGACGAGUCAAGAAGAUAGCGACCGCGAACAGGUCGAGAGAAUCGUGGCGGUGAUCGUGCCGAUAUUUUUCGGCAUGAUAGGCAUCCUGGGACUCAUCGGGAAUUUUCUGGUCGUGAUCGUGGUCGCCGCGAAUCCUGGCAUGAGAUCCACCACGAACAUCCUGAUCAUCAAUCUAGCCGUGGCCGAUCUCCUGUUCGUCAUAUUUUGUAUACCCUUCACCGCGACCGAUUUCGUACUACCGUUCUGGCCGUUCGGUAACUUCUGGUGCAAGAUGGUCCAGUACCUGAUCAUCGUCACUGCUUUCGCGAGUGUUUAUACUUUGGUCCUCAUGAGCCUCGAUAGAUACUUGGCAGUGGUUCACCCCAUCACUUCUAUUACAUGGAGAACCGAGAAUUAUGCCAUCGUCGCAAUUUGCAUCGCCUGGGCGAUGAUCCUCGCAAUAUCGGCGCCUGCUUUCUUCAUCCACGGCGAGUUCCAGGAGGACUCGUCGAACGGAACGACUUGUCGGAUUCUGCCGCAGUACAGCUGGCCGACGUUCCAGAUCUCGUUUUUCCUAGUUAGCUACCUGCUGCCGCUGUUGCUGAUAUGCUUCUUUUACAUUUGCAUGCUUAUCAGACUCUGGCGCGGCGAUCGCGUGAGCGCCGAGAGCGCCGAGAGGAGAAGACGAGUCACGACGCUUGUUUUCGUCGUCGUGGGAGUUUUCGCCUUCUGUUGGUGUCCUAUACAGGUGAUCCUGGUGACGAAGUCAUUGGACAUGUACCCGGCGUCGUCGGCGACGAUAAUGGUGCAAAUAACCAGCCACAUUUUGGCGUACAUGAACAGCUGCGUCAACCCCAUCCUGUACGCAUUCCUCAGCGACAGUUUCCGAAAAGCAUUUCGAAAAAUAAUUUACUGCAGACCACGGUCGGACCAGGAUAGACAACUGGGACCAUUGACGAGAACCACAAGAGCUGCCAGUGCCGGUGACAUCAUUUAGGUUACAGACAUCCCGACGUCCAGUAACGAGCUCUAAUUGCGCCGGGUUUCACGUCUAAAUUAAAGGGUAUCCACGGUGUUCGAUGUUCCACGAGAUUUGGCUGUCGAGCACGACAGUUCGUUGUGUCGUUUUAGCAUUAACAAUUUCAUCCAGUUAUACGAUUAAUCAAUAUCGACUUUUACUCUGUCCUAACCGAAUCGAAGCAUUUUCGGAGGUCCGCUCGUGCUACGAGCGACCGACCAUAAUUCUUUCGGCAGCGUGUGCACGAGUGAUAACGAACGUUUUAUACAGUCGCCUUAGGCCUACGCGGAAAUGAACUGUGUACAUAAUAAUCGUUUUAAAGUGAAUAAUUAAUAACGACGUCGAGUAACGUAAGUGAUAAGUUACUAACCUAGAUUUUAAAUAGUAAAUGUGAUGCUGUUCGCGGUUUACCGUCGAAAAAAAGAGAGCUUUAUUAGUUGCUUCAGGCGACGGUUUUAUUCAAUCGUUAAAUUCGUUUUAAACUGGAAAUCGUCGUGCAGUUUUGAAUGGAGCAGCCGGGCGUGUCUGCGGAUCUUGGUAGACGGGCUCGCACCAGUUCCGAUGAAAGUGAGGCGAACUUGGGAAAGUAACGUCAUUUACUGUAUAGAAUUUCGUUCGCGUUUUCAACGAAUCGUCGUAGGUUUAAGGAUUCUAGGUGUAAGAAGACUUGGCGGAGAGUCGUCCUGAGAAACCAAUUGUAAAGUUAAUAUAAUAUAUCAAUAAAGGCAUUGAUGUAAUGCAAACGAGA